AUGGAAGUUCAACAAACAGAUCCAAAAUCAACUACUCACCAAUGUUAUUUUGAUGUAUUUUUUAAAAAAGAGCCGUUAUGCAAAGGAGUUUUAAGAGCAAUUAGUUUUUUAACUCAAAUUUCAGAAGAGAAAUGUCAAGAGUUAGAUGGAAAAUAUCUCUAUGCACUUAUAAAUUUAUCUGCUUGA